AUGUUACUUUUCUUUGCGUUUUUGAUUGUCACACCUUUUGUGUGUGGCAAGCAAGGAGAUUAUAACGAACCGAUUCCUUUGACCAUUCCAACCAAAUCGGAAAUGGUUGAAAUAUCGGACACAAUUACACCAACAACAAACUGUGGGUUAUCCAAUUAUUAUAUCACCGCGUAUCAAUUUGACUCUCCACUUUAUACCAAAAUCCACAUCACACUCGAACAACCCAUUGAGGGUGUGAAAGUUGUUUUAGAAGAGUCACAAAACAAAGAGUGCACACUCAUCGAACAGUCACAACAAUUCACUGUGACGAAUGUGAAUCAGUACAAACUCUUAUUUGCAUCGGACAAAACUACAAAAGAGCAGUACGGCUUCACAAUUCAUUUUCAAAACAUUGACGAGAACGAAUUGCCCAACAUACUUGUCGAAGAUCUACCAUUCUAUGAGUAUAUCACUGUAUUCCCCGCGGUGAAUGGCACAUCGGAUAAAUGUUCUGAAGAGUUUACAGACCCAAUUCAGAGAGAAAUCUUUGGAAGGACAUUUCAAGUUUCGUUUGCACAUGACUGGAACAUUGAAGUGAAUACCUGCGGACAUGCUGAUGGUUUAAUGGCAAUCAAUGUUAUUGAUGAUAAGAGUGAAUGUGUGAUCUACAAGGACACGUACACAACAGGGGAUUUGACAUGUGCUGGUGGUGUAGGUGCUCGCACAACAUUUGACAUACAUCCUUCAGGCCCCGUGUAUGUUCAUAUAGGUUUUAUUGUAGAAGAUCUCACUAGUUCAAACAGAUCGUUUAUGGUGAACUUCACCCGACUUGGUGAUGUCCAACGGGAGCAAGAAGACUGGGAACUCUGGAUGUGGUUUGGUAUAAUCACUGCAGUGAUAAUCGUAUUUAUUGCUCUUGUGAUGGGUACAAUCUUCCUCUACACAUGGAUCAAGCACAAGAAGAAACACAAUGAUGAUGUCAAGCUGAAGUACAGCAGCUUUUAA